CUCAUAAUAACAAUGAAAAUUCCCCUACUAGCAAUCUCCUUCCUCGUCUUCGCCUUCAUUGCGAAAUCAAUACAGGGGCUGCCUAAAAAUAACGAGCCGGUGCUUGAUUCCACUGGAGAGAAAGUCGUUACAAGCGCUGAUUAUUUCCUUUUGCCAGCAAUCCCGACUCCUGGAGGAGGCGGCGGUGGCGGCCUCAAUCUAUUCGCUGGCAAAAACAUGACAUGUCCGCUCAUAAACGUUAUCCAAGAACACUUUGAUUUGUUAAAGGGUCUUCCAAUGAAAUUUUCAAAUGCUAAAGAAGAGGAAGGAGUUGUCUAUGCAUCCACUGAUAUAAACAUCAAAUUUUCGGCGGCCGAAAGCCUUUGUAGCCAGGAAACAGUAUGGAAGGUUAACGACUAUGACAAAAGAACAGGACAAUGGUUUAUAACUAAUGAUGGGGUUGCAGGAAACCCUGGAGUGGAGACAUUGGAGAAUUGGUUUAAGAUUGAGAAGGUAGGGUUAAAUGUGUACAAGCUAGCUCAUUGUCCUUCAGUUUGUGCCUCUUGUGUGACUUUGUGUAGCGGUGUUGGGUUUUAUCCAAUCGAUGGAAUCAGACGCCUGGCUCUCAGUCGCUUUCCCUUAGCAGUUAUGUUGGUCAAGAGAUAUUUUAAUGCAACGGACUAAUGGUAUUGCUUCUAUAAAUAUAAAUUUUCAUUUACCGUGUUCAUAGAUAUCACUAAAUUUUAUGCAGCCUAUACAGUGACCUUGUAUAAAUAAUGAGUGGGAAUAUUAUUGUAUUGCUUCUUAAUUAAUGAGUAUGAAAAUAUGUUGGAAUGAACAUAAA